UCUAAAAGGAAUAAAUUCCCAAACUCAGCCUUUCCUCAUUCUUGAUCCAAAGCCCACAAAAACUGACCCCGAAAAGCCUCUGAUUAGACAUCAAAAAGGACGGAAAAAGAAACCCCCUGUUAAAAUUUAUGUUGAAAAUGGGGUUACGUUAAAAGUAGCUUGGGGAGGGAAAGAAAAAGUUUUUUUUUGUUGUUUGGUAGAUUUUUGAAGGGAAUUUUUUCCUUUUUCUCUGCGUGGGGUUGGGUCGGGGGAUGUGAGGGUGAUGGUCAGAGAUGGCGCACGUGGUGCCGGCGGACCCACAGGCAGUGGUGACGGUGAAGAAGAAGGCGCAGCCGUCUCGAAGUUGGGUCCUUUUGGACAGCACGGGGGAGACCACCGUGCUCGAGGUCGACAAAUAUGCCAUCAUGCAUCGAGUUAACAUUCAUGCCCGUGAUUUGCGUAUCCUCGACCCUCUCUUGUCUUACCCUUCUACCAUUCUCGGUCGUGAUGGAGCUAUUGUCUUAAAUUUGGAGCAUAUCAAGGCAAUUAUUACUUCUGAGGAGGUAUUGCUUCGAGAUCCAUCAGAUGAAUAUGUUGUCCCUGUUGUUCAAGAACUUCAGAGGCGUUUGCCUCCAGUGAAUGCCUUCCACCAAGGUCAGGAAUAUACAGGUGGCCAAAAUGAUGUUGAAGCAGGUGACGAAGAUGAGUCUCCAUUUGAAUUCCGAGCACUGGAAGUAGCUUUGGAAUCCAUAUGUAGUUUUCUAGCUGCACGUACACUAGAACUAGAGAGUGCAGCUUAUCCAGCUUUGGAUGAGCUUACCUCCCAGAUUAGUAGUCGUAAUUUGGAUAGAGUUCGUAAAUUGAAGAGUGCAAUGACCAGAUUGACUGCUCGGGUACAAAAGGUGAGGGAUGAGCUUGAACAACUACUGGAUGAUGAUGACGACAUGGCUGACCUUUAUUUGUCAAGAAAGUUGGCUGGAGCUUCACCUGUUAGUGGAUCAGGUGCUGCCAAUUGGUAUCCUGCCUCUCCUACUAUAGGAUCAAAGAUUUCCAGAGCAAGUAGAGCAAGUAUAGCAACAGUUCGUGGAGAUGAGAAUGAUGUUGAGGACCUUGAAAUGUUACUGGAGGCGUACUUUAUGCAAAUUGAUGGAACAUUGAACAAAUUAACCACGCUGCGGGAAUAUAUUGAUGAUACAGAGGAUUACAUCAAUAUUCAGCUUGACAACCACCGUAAUCAGCUAAUCCAGUUAGAGCUCUUUCUAAGCUCAGGAACUGUUUGUUUAUCCAUCUGUUCUCUGGUGGCUGGAAUAUUUGGGAUGAACAUACCGUAUACCUGGAAUACUGACCAUGGAUACAUGUUUAAAUGGGUGCUCAUCGUCACUGGGAUACUUUGUUCGGUUUUGUUCAUACUGAUUAUGUCCUACGCUCGGUUCAAGGGUCUGGUUGGAUCUUGAGGUACACGACAUCCCAUUCUGUGCAUGAAAGAAAGUUAGCUCCCUGGAGAUUCUCUUAUUGCACAAUCAAGAUAUUGAGCAAAUUAACAUAAAAAAGCUUGUAAUCUUUUUACUUUUAUUGAAAAAGAAAACACAGGGAAAACUGUUUAGAAGCAAAGAAACGGUAAACACAUAGUUCUAUGCCAUAUUUUUCUCCUUAUUUUCUUCUUA